AUGCCGGAGGAGAGCUCCCGCCAGAUUGAAUACCGCCAUCCAGGAUGGAGAGUGGAGCCACCCGGGUACAUCCUCGCCAAGCUCGUGAGCGAAACACAAGUGCGGCCACACGCCUCGGAGUUCAGCUGCGAAGUGAGGCUUGAGGCCUGGAUCACGUGA